AUGAACCUGCAGCAGAAGGAUGCGCGCUGCAGUGAGAUAGAUCAGCCGCUGGAAGAGUGCGUAAAGGUCGUCUGCCUCGGGUCGCCUGCUGUGGGAGAUAGCUCAGAGGUCCACUGCACCUUCAGGUCCCUGCGGCGAGUCCCCCCCGGGCUGCCUGCACUGACCCGCCGCAUCAAUCUGGGGUUCAACAGUAUCCAGCGUCUACACAACAGCUCUCUGUUGGGGCUGAAGAGUGUGGAGCUGCUCAUGCUGCACAGCAACGAACUUCAAGAACUGCCCCCAGGAGCCUUCAGGGACAUGGAGAGACUGCAGUGCAUUUAA